UCAUUAUUAUUUCUACUUUCAUUAAGAGACGCACUAGUCAGUUGUUAUAAGUAGAUUAAAAAAGAAGAAUUCAUAUUUAAAUUAGAUUUCUUUCGUGUAUUUUACUAUUGAAUGAAAGAUGAUGGAUUAACUACAGUCAGAAUUACAGUGAUAAUAAGUGAAUUAAUUUAAAAGACGGAUGUUUCAUUAUCUUUGGCAUUGUUAAUGGUGAAUGUUUAACAAACAUAAUGUAAUGCCUGUACAAGAAGAUGUUCUGACACUCUGACCUGAACUAUGUGUGAAUGAUUCAAAAUAAACAUUUGGCUCAACAGAGCAGACUGUUAAGACAUUCGGUUAUUGUUAUAGAAUUGAAUAAACGUUCAUAGACAAACCAGACAAACAACCUUUGUGUCUACUCUUUUAUCGCACAUUAGAGAAUGUUUUUGAAACGUCUAAAUGUUAAUAAAAGAAUUUAAUGACCUGAUUUAAAUGAUUUCAGGGGAUUAAACAACUUGAUGACGAGUUUAUAAAAAACUUCAAUGAAAAACGAGAGACUGAAGAUUUUACCGUUGACGCCUUUGUAGACGCUUUAAACGAACACAUGAAGAAGACAAGGCUGAUCCGAGUGCAGUCUUUCAACAUCAGGGAGGAGGGAGUCGAUUGGAAUGGCAACCAGAGAUCCAACAGUUUUACCGGCUUUGGUAAUACGGUUACCCAAAACACUAACUCACAGCCCUCCAUAUUAAAACGACAGCAUAGUUUUGCAGGUUCGAUGACUAGACAAAGUAGUUUUGCUGGUUCUUCACGGCAAAAUAGUUUCUUGAGAGCACUCCCGGGUUCUCGGCAAAAUAGUUACUGUAGAACUAGAUCGCGUGGAAGUACUGGAAGUUCAUACACUUAUUCUACAACAAGUUCAGGUAUCAGUUCAGGAAAUCAUUCAGAAAUUUCGGACAGUUCAGGAAGUGGUGCCAAAAGUUCACUGUCACGUGAGUUAUCAUAUGGACUUCUAACGGAUUUCGCAGACAUUGAAGAAAAAGAUGAAGAUAUAAAAACAGCUCGAGAAAGUAAUCCUGCUUCAAGAAAUAGUAAUGACAGUCUGAGACCGCCUUCAGGCCGGCGAUCUAAUGGACCCCGAGGAACUUCUGGACAGUCACGUGACAGAGAAAAGAGGCGGGGACAGACACAAGUUCACGGUUUAGGCGUGGCUUCUGCUGAGGCCCCUCACACUCCCUUACGUAAGAUAGAGGAAGAUGCUUUACCGAACGUUGAAGGGAUGGAGUCUAAGGUAAUGGUUAGAAGCCGUCCAGACAGCGGUAUAGCUGUAAGUACGUCAUCGGCCAGUUAUUCCAGUUCCGAGCUACAUAAAGAACGGGAUCUGGAUGUGGAUGAUCACUACCAUACAACCUCUUGCCAAGAGAUGCUAGACAAAGUCGCAAAGGUGCUACCGGAUCAGCAUAAUGACCUCAAAAGCCUUGUUGCUGCAGUGACAAAGGGUUUAAACUCUGUGCAUUCCAAAGCUCAAGCCUUGUACUGUUGGCUAACGAGUCAAAAUGUAGCAAAUUUUGAAAAAAGUAGUAAAAAAUCGAAUUCUCCUUCUGGAAGAUUAAAACACAUUCAUGAGAAGAAAGCAACACAUUGCUCCAUGUACAUGGACAUGUUGAAGAUUGCUGGAUUGAGAUGUGAACGUGUAGAUGGCUAUAUGAAGACUUCCGAUUAUCUCCCUGGAAAUACAGUCCAGACGCCUAAAUUUCAACAUUCAUGGGUAGCAGUUUGUAUGGACGGCCAUUAUAGACUUGUUGACCCCCAGUAUGGAGCACUAGGGGAUAAAUUUGUGCAAGAACAUUAUUUUGCUACUUCUCCGGAUGAAUUACUCUUGUCUCAUUUUCCUAAAGACAAGAAAUGGUUGUUGAUGAAUCAACCAGCAACUAUAGAAGGGUUCGAAGGAACGCUGAAAACUUGGCCCGCCAUGUUUCAUUUUAAUAUCCGUCCAUUAAAUAUGAAAUCUGUGAUACGAACAUACGAUGGUAAACUUAGUAUAACUGUUUUAUUGCAAAACGUGGCUGUUAAUCCGCAAUUAGAAUAUGCUGGACCUGGACCAGAGAUUGAUAUGGAUACACUUGAAGAAAAGAUUGAUCAUGAGAUCAGAGAUGUUGACAAUGCUGAAACAUAUCACGUGACUUUGCCACAGGAAGGCAAUUAUUAUUUUACGGUGUAUGCGCAUGUUCUGGAGGACUGCGUGGACGUCCCUGUUUUUCAGUAUAGAAUAGAAUAUGUUGAUGAAUUGUUGUGAUUCGCGUCUACACAAUGUGUAUAUUGUUACAACACGAGAAGUCUAAGCGAACUUUUAAAUGGAUUGAUUUUUUCAAGUUGAAGCAGUAUUCAGUCGACCGAAAACAGAAAUGUUCAUGAACUUCAAAUGAAUAUUUCUAAAGACUAAGGAUCAGAUUAAAAUCAGUCUUUUAAAAUCCUUUGAAGAGGAAAAAGUCGUUAUGUCUGUAAAGUGCUAAAGCUUCUGUCAUUUAUUUUUCAGAAAGAUCCACCAAGUGGUCAAGGAUGAGAUUUUAGAAUCAAAGUUUUUGGUUUAAUCAGUAUUUAUAUUUUAAUCAAAUGUCAUAUUUCAUUGCACGUACCGCAUUAUUUCUUGAAGAGACAGUGAAAGGUCAAAGCUCGAUGGGACACAUCAAAGAAUUGACUCUAUUUCACUUUCAUUCCAAUAUAAUUAUGCAUGUUGCUAAAUCAAAAGAUGUGUUUUUUUUUCAGUCUCCCGAAUAUGAGUUACUUUACACAUAUCUUCAGUGUGUAUGAUUCUUUGGUGUAUAUGUUGCACAUACUUAAAUCAGUAUUAUUAUCUUUGUGAUGAAAUAAUUUUUCUUGAAAAUCGUCAAUGUUACUCUUUCAUACUUUUUUGUACAUUAAUUUUACAAUCAAUUGCCGACCUUGCAAGAAAGAGUAUUAAACAUGUUUACCUCCAAAAGUCAGCGUUCCUGUAUUAAAACUUGGCAAUUUUUGUGUUAUUACUAGAUAUUGUUACUUAUUCCGAUUUUCAGCGGCUUGCAAUCGGCAGUUCCCGUAUAUUCUUUAAGUUGACGCGAUUGACAAUCGGAAAUUUCUGUGUAAUACGUGUAUUUGUUAAUUAAUACAGUUAUCUCUAAUAACUAGCUAGACACGGUUGAAAUUUCUCACAACAUAUAUAAUUGUAACAGACGAUACAUUCAGAUAGAUAAUUUACUAAAAUACGGCCAGUGUUCAGCUGUUUUUUUAUCAAUGACUUCCACCGUGAUAACUAAAUAUUUAUAUAUUCAUUAAUAGUAAUGUUUGAAAAUUGGGUCUUUUAUUUAGAGUAAAAAGCACAGCAUUUUUUGGUUCUUGUUAACAUAUGAAAUAUUAAAAGAUUAAGUGUAGAAUUUUUAUGUAUUUAAAAGUGCUAAGUCUGAUGUUUUUACUUACGAUGUUUUAUUUUGUUUGUUUAAAUCAAUUUUUAUGUAAAACAACAAAACCAUUCUGAAUUUGGAAAUGAAUUUGACCUAAAGUUAUCAAUAUGUAAAAUAAAUAAAUAUUUUUUUAAAAAGAAAUUUCAUUUUAUAUUAUUAUGACUGUAUCAUAUGAAAUCUAUAAAGAAAGUUGUGUAUUAUAUGGUAUACAUGUAUAUAUGAAUAAUGUAACAUGCAUUAUAAAUGCAGAAUUUCAGUAUUACAUGCUAUAAUAUGGGUAAUAUUUUCAAGCAUUUCAUGUUUUGUGUUUAGAAUUGUUACUGUUGUUUUAAAUAGCCUCAUUGUUUUCUUGUUUUGUUUGUUCUUUGUUUUCAUUGCUUAAGUCAUUUCACAUGUUAAAAGAGCGUACAGUUGUUAUUAUUGGUUGUGAAAUUUUCUUUUUAUAUUUCUUUAACCUUCCCUUUAACAAUAAACUGUUUUUUGCUUUCUUUCUGUGGUUAGUAGUUAGAAAGUGGAACGCUACCUCUGUGGCGAAAAUUAAAAGCACAUUUGCGUCAUUUCGAAAAAGUGACUUUAAAAAAAGGGCUAAUUCAAUUCAAAUUAUCAAAUUUCAAACAGAUAAAAAGUGUCAUAUAAAGUGGGUGUUUCCAGAUUUAAUAUUUUUGCCAUUCAGUACAAUAUCAUAAGAAUUGUAAUUGUGGAAAAAACUACAUUACUUGAAGUGUCGGAAAAGUAAAUAUUUUAUUGCGAUGAAUAGGCAUUUGAAGAAGAGAUUAGAUUUAAGCAGCACCUGUGAAGUGUAUAAUAUUACAACUAAAUAUAAAAACUUACAAGAGCAAUUUUGAACCAUUGUAUGCGUCCAUUUAUAUAUUUUUUCUUUUACUUAAUAUUUCAAUUUUUUGACACUAAAUUUCUCUUUCAAUAAAAAUGGAUCAAUUUAUUAAUGAGAAAUAUGACUGUAUGUUUACACAACUGUCUCCUGUAAAUGUACUUUAAAACAAUCAAAAACAUGGGGUCUAAAACAUAUAUGGGUGAUUUGUAAAACGUUAAGUUAUUUAAAAAAAUCAACAACUUUUUAAGAAAAUGUUUUAAUCUAUAAAGUAUUUAUGUAUUUUUUCUUUUAGAGAAUCAGCUUAUUUCAUUGUUUGAUAUGCAUUGGAAUUAUAAAGCAAAGCAUUGAAAGAAAACAGUAUUUACUAAUACACUGGGCAGAUUAUGUUAUUCAACAAUGAAAAUACUACAUGUAAAUUGUUUUACAAAACUGUCAUAGUCUCGGAUUUAAUUGAUAAAUGCUACAUUUUGAACUAUUUUAAGACAAAGCUGUGUUUCUUCAUUUUAUUUCCAGUAUGUAAUGUUUGAUAAAUACCAUUUAUUUAUCUUAAUCUGUGAUAGCUUUAUUUACGUUUCUACAACAUCUGUUUAUAUUAUUAAAAUACGUUUUAUUGCUUA